AUUUAAGAAAACAAAGCGUUAACAUUCAUGUUAUGCGCAUGUGUUUAUAUUAAUUGAAAUAUGGAUAAUAAAAAUUAUAAGUAUGGUUUGUUGGUUAAACUUUAAAGAAUGACUAAAAAUACGACAAGACGAGUGAAAAAUUGUUGGUCCAGCCAGGUGAUACAAUAUUGUGCAUUGCGCAUGCGGAUAUUGGUUGUGUUUGCCUCCCUUACGUCCCUCAUGUGUACGUACGUCUUCGUAGCAGCUCAGUUUUCUUAUUUUGACGGUAGAAUGGCAACUACACUGGUUGGAUAUAGCAGGUCCAUUGGCGAGUUACAGUUCGAAAACAGACAAAAGUUACCGCAAAAUGUCCGAAGGAAAAGAGCUGUUUCAAUAACUAACUUUACCUCACUGGAUAGGAAAUUUACAGAGAAUGACAUAAAACCGAAAAUGGACAUGGAGUUUGACAACAUGGGAAUACUCAACGAACAGUUUAAUCGUUCAGCAUUUGGUGACAAGUAUAAACUGAAUACACAAAGGAAUAAAGAGUAUGACUUUCCGUUUAUCAUCAACGGAAGCAACAUCUGCCAAGACUCUGACCCGCCAUUACUUGUCAUUAUGGUUCCCUCAGUACAUACACGGAUCGACCUCCGAACUGCUAUCAGAGAGACAUGGGGUCGAGCAGCAAACCCCGGGGUCUGGCCCAGGAUGGGUAAACUCAUACAUGAAGUUAAACUGAUAUUCCUGUUUGGAACAUCAAGGACAAAACUCGGGAACAGCAUCGUCAAAGAAGAGAGUGAAAUGUUUGGUGAUGUUGUUCAAGCUGAUUUCGUAGAUUCUUAUUUUAAUCUAACGUAUAAAACGGUAAUGGGCGUUCGAUGGGUUGCGGAGAUGUGCCCACACGCUAAAUAUAUUCUUAAAGCGGACGACGAUGUUUUUGUUAAUGUAAGAAAUCUGCUGGACUUUCUUUUGAAACAGAAAGAGAACACUAGAGGAGUUAUUUAUGGUCACAAGCUAGUAGAUAGUGCAGUUUUAAGAGAAGGAAGAUGGGCGGUGAGUGAACAAGCAUAUCCUCUAAAACAGUAUCCCCCAUAUACAUGCGGAAACACAUACGUCAUCAGUGCCAAUAUGGCAGCCAAUAUAUACUAUACUGCGGGUCUUUUGCCCUACCUCAAUAUUGAAGACGUAUUUGUCACGGGUAUUUUAAGAAUGUAUUUGCGGGCGGAUAUUCAGGAUGUAUUAGGAUUCACGCACUGGUAUGAGAAGCGCCCCCGGCCCUGUGAAUUUAACAAUAAAUUGCGAAUAUCAGCCACGAAGGUGACAGAGGGCUUAUUGUAUGAUAUCUUUGAAGGAUUGAGAGCCAAUGUUACGGACUGUUAUGUUCCUCCCAGUACAAAAAGUGACAAAGUUGCUCGGCCAGAGAAGAAAUACACUUACCAAAUGAUAAAGGAUGAUCACAUCUUUCUCAACAAAACUAGCGGACAAUUUUACAUUCUUUGAUUUUAACAAAUGCUUUCCACAUAAGUAAACAGUGCAAUAUCAAAAUGUUAUUGAAUAUUACGUUCAGUCUGAAAUAAGAGUCGGCAUAUUUCAUGGUGAUUAAAAUAUAGACAACUAUUGAAAUACAAGAAUCUUAGUUCAAGAUGUGUAGCAUAGCUGGUGUCCUGUUGACUAUCUUGACGACUGUCUAAACAAAUGAUUUAACAAAAAUUGGUAAA